AUGCGUCCCCCGACGAUCACCGAGCACGAGCAAGCCAUCGCGGAAGCUGACCUGAUGGAGAAACCGCCACGCAAGCCCGUCGCCUGGCAGCUGGAGGACGCCCAUCUUUUCAAUGAGACGGUCUGCUCGACGCUGCAGGUGCCGCACUUCCCGACCGCGACGGGCGGCUUCACCGAGGGCGACCUCGCGAACGCGCUGGGCAUCUUCACGGACGGCUCGGCGCGGGGGCGGAGAUAUGGGAAGCACCAGGCCUCCUGCGCAGGAUGGGGCUUUGCCGUCUACCGCGCCACCUCGCCACGCGACCAGGGCGAGCUGAUGGUCGAGGCGUGUGGCCCUGAGGCCACCACUCCUCAGGACCCCCGCUACUUGGGCGCGUGCUCCAUCACAACGAACACGGGGGAGCUCUCGGCGAUCGUGGAGGCGCUCCUAUGGCUGCUGGGGCAGCGGGGUUCCUCGGAGCCAACGGCCCAGGACGGUGGACUCAUCCAGGUGGUUACCGACUCGACGUACGUACAGGGGCUCAUCGCCGAAGUAUUCCAACCGCGUGAGAACGCUCCUCUGGCGAUCCUGGCCGUGCACUUGUGGAAGAGGGCUGCCGCGUAUUUUGACUUGCACAUAUGCUGGGUCAAGGGACACAGCGGCAACAUUGGCAAUGAGAAGGCGGAUUUUUGGGCGAAACGAGGUGCUGACAGGCGCUUUCACACAGCCCAUUGGAGACGGCCAUGCCCUGCUCACGAUUGGGGAGCGGAAGAGUACCGCAAACGAUUCUUCAACCCGCAGCCGAGGCUGGCAGCGUGCUCCAGACAGGGCACCCCCUCCAUCUCCGCGCUGACGGCGGCGAUCUCCGCUGGCGCAGCUGUGGCCGGCCACGCCCCUCGCCGAGGGCGCCGGAGACCCCCGCAGGGCGGCCCCGAGCUCCUCCACCUGAAGCGCCUGGAGCAGCUGCGCGCGCAGGAGUCGGACCUCCGCGCGCGGCACUUGCUGGGGCCCGCGGUGGCUGAGGCCAAGCGCGCCCUGAGGGGCCGCUGCGACACCGUCCACCUGGAGCGACUGCGCGCGAGGGGGCGGGCCGACAGACCCUACCGCUCGGGCAAGCCCGUGCGCGAGCUGAAGACGGACGACGGCUUGAGCGCCAACACCGCGCGGGCCCGCUGCGAGCUGACCCGCGCCUUCUACGCCAACCUGUUCGCCGACCCGACCAGCGACCAGGCCCUGCCCGCCUGGGUGCAUAGCCAGUGGACCGCCGAACGCCAGCAGGCUGAGGGACUCCAGGACGACGCCCUCGAACAGAUCCUCGCGGCCUUUCGCCUGAGACUCUGCAACCACGUGAGUGAGUAUUUCGACCAGGUGCCCGGAGCCUGGCUUGAGAUGGCGGAGGCGGCGGCCAGAGGACGAAGGAUCGCUAUCGCCGACUGGAGAAGCAGGUUGAGCAACUACAGGCGCGACUGCGAGAUGCGGAACGUGGCAAUGCACCUUCCGACGAAGACAUGGGCAGGGGUGAUGCUCCUGAUGGUAAUGGUGGGGCUGUCCCUGGGGAUGGCCUUGCUCGAGCUGACGAGAGGACAACGCCGAUCUGGCGUGUGCGAGGGCGCUGGGCCAAGGAAGGCAUUCGCGGUGGAGGCGCUGGAGCAGGUGCUCAAAAAGCACGGCAUACAGGCCGAGUUGCUCGCACCGAUCGUCAAGGAAGAAGAGGACUACGACGCCAGUAAGUUACGGGUUGCGGCCGACAUACUGCACAGGGCAGCGGAGUUGUGCGGUAUUGCCACUUCCAUUGGAAGGCUCGGUGGCGCUGGUGUCGCGUCAGUCGCCGAGACCGAGGAUCUUUGGGGGGACGUUUUCUGGGUGCACCUUGGUUGGGCCAGUGGCGCGGACGCAGGCCUUGGAUCUUAUCAUGGGCGCUGGUCUGAGGCGGAGAUUACAGAGGCUGGUGGCGCCAGCGGCGGGGUAGCCGCGUUGACUAGCACCGACGCGGCGGCGGCAGAGGCGCCUUUUCUCUACCAAGCACAGCUUCCUGAAGGCAGGUUUGUCGCGGCACACCUGCACCGGGGAGCGGCUAAAGGCAUUAUUGCCAUGGGCGCUUAUAUGCACGAUGCCGAGGGCCCCGGCGAGGGCAAUAUCGCGCUGGCGCACGGCAUCUGCCGGCACCUUGGGCCCCUCAACCGCGCGGGCAUGGAUUGGAUAGUGCUUGGGGGCUGGAACGUUGAGCCGCAUUGUUGGGGGGAUCCGCGGCUGUCUCAAGUGCGCGGGCAGUUGAUCUUUAAUGACGGGCCUACAUGUGCCAAGAGCGCAGCUGGCACGGUGUACGAUUACGCACUGGUGGCUCGCAAUCUUCUGCCCUGGAUGGGACCUCCCGCUCUGCAGGAAGACACAGCGACACCAGCGCAUUAUCCUGUUCUGUUCCCUUUGUUGGUCAACGACUGCUCAACUUGGAGGCGAGCGCUGGUCGAACCAUUGGGUUUUUCGGCUACACCGCCAGCGGGCUGCGCUCAUUACCCCAACGGACAUGCACGGCGCGGCCCGUCGCCCCAAGUGGUUGUUGUUGACGAGCCUGCCAAGCUCACUCAGGCAUGGGGGUUUGCGGUUACCGCGUCGGAGAAGGAGUUCGCUGCGAGGCGGCAUCUACGAGGGGCUAACGAUCGCACGCACAUAGGGCGAGGUGGCUCGGCGCAAUCGAAGUGGGAGAAGUUCCAGCGGCGUCCGCCGAGGAAGCGCAACUACACUGACAAGACCACACAUUGCUGGCAGGUCGCGGCGCGAUGGGCUACUCACCCACGCAAUGCACAAGGGCAUCUCACCGGGUAUUGCAAGGACCUGUCAGCCUCGCGCGCGCUGUGCCCCAUUUCUCAUCAGCAGCGUGGUCAUCUGAUCAAGGCAGUGAAGGAGGUGUUGAAGGAGUUGCCAGAUGACGUUCAGAGGUUCUCGUUGGCUGGCGUUGGCGCUCUGGCAUCUGACGAGUCCGACGAGGUCGCCGACCGCAUUUUACAGGAGCCCGAGGGCAAAACCAAGGCUGGCAUACAUGGGCGCCACAUGGCGUGGAAGCUGCGGGCCGACCAGGCAUUCCUGCGAGGGCAUGUUGGCUGGUUGCAGUCAAUCAAUUACGUUACCUACGGUGCCCACAGCCAAGGCGAUCAGGUGGGCAAGCGCACGGUGGCGAGCAAGAGGUUCAAGCUAUUGCACAAAAGACUCAAGCGUGUCCACGCCUUCAAGCGCACAGUGGGCUUGAAGCAUCCCAGAGCUGAGGCGUUGUGGUUGGGCUUGCGCACAGAUGGCCCCUGGUGGCUAUCCAGCCAGAGCGGUGCAUGGUGGACUGCCUUGAGCGGGCCGAAUAUCGGGGCUGCCGAACGCUACGGCGCACUGCAGGCGCUUGAGUACUUCCCGAACCUCAGUCGCACCAUCACGGACCUGGCUGGACCGGCGGUGGAAGGUAUCCGGCCGGAUGCUCAUGAUAUUGGCGCCGGCGCGCGCCACGCACGGAUAUGGAGGCUCAUCCAGGGCAAGGUUCGCGCGCUAGUUCACCUGGGCAAUAUUUCAUGGGGCGCUCGCAAGGUCUGCCUUCCCACACGCCUGCAAUCGAUGCAGGCCAAUGUAUUCUUUGGGACUGAAGGGGGCCUCACUUUCAACCCUGUGCGCGAGCCCGCUGUUCAGACAGCACUUGACGGAGCAGACCAGAUUCUGAGUGAUGGUUACGUCCAGCCAGUGCAUAUGGUCGACUUCACGGAGGAGCCUCACAUACAGGCCAAACGGACGGAGAUCUGCCAGCCGCAGCAGCAGGAGGCCAUAUCCGAGGCUCCGCCCGCCGGCGCGCCUGGGCCGACGGCGCCGCCGCAGGGCGGAGCGGACUUCGAGUCCCUUGCGCCUCACGUGGGGGAGCUGGCGCAGACCGCGACGAGGCUGAUCGGACUGGAGGGCCGCGUCGCCGCCGCGCUGGAGAGCCUGGCCUCUGCGGGGCGCGUGGAGGAUUUCGAGCCGCGAAUGCAGGAGGUUUCCCAGCAGCUGGAGGCGAUCGUACCCCGGGUGGAGGAGCUUUCGCGCCGGACGGAGUCCCUCGGCGAGCUCCAGGCCAUCGCCCCGCGGGUGAGCGAGCUGGCGCAGAGCGUGGCGAGGCUGACCGGGGCCGGCGGCGUGGAGGCCAGGCUGGCGGACGCGCGCGAGGCCAUCGACGCGCAGAGGGGCCUCGCGCCGCGGGUGGCGGAGCUGGCGCGGAAUCUCGCGAAUGUCGCGUCCUGCGGGCCGCGGGCGGCGGAGCUGCUGCGGCGCUUGGAG